AUGAGCACUUUACCCCCAACAAUGGCCAUCGAAACACAUUCAAGCACCCAAGCCUCUAUCCCGGGUCCCUUUUCCUUAUCCUCAUGGAUAUCGAUGAAUGCGGAUAAAUUGAAACCUCCAGUAAACAAUUCAUGUCUCUAUUCUGGGAAGGACUUUAUACUUAUGGCUGUGGGGGGACCGAAUACCAGGAAUGACUACCACAGUAAGUAUCUUCAGUGCACUGGGGAAUUCUUGCAUGUUAAUGAAACAGAGGAAUGGUUCUUCCAAGUCAAGGGAGACAUGCUCCUGAAGAUCGUUGAGAAUCAGACCCACUUCCGCGAUAUUAUAAUUCAAGAAGGCGAGACUUUUCUUUUACCUGCCAAUGUCCCCCAUUCUCCGAGAAGGUAUAAAGACACGGUAGGGCUUGUGAUGGAACGUACGCGCCCUCUGCGAAGCAUGGAUCGCAUUCGAUGGUAUUGCGAAAAUGCAGAUGCUCAUGGGGAGACACCUGAGGUUAUUCGGGAAGAACAGUUUUACUGUGAGGAUAUCGAAACACAGCUUAAAGAUGUUAUUGAAGAUUGGAUGGAGAAUGCAGAAAGUCGGAAGUGUAGUUCGUGUGGUCAGAUUGCGCCGGCUCAUUAG